CUACAUGACUCCCUGAAGGCUGAGAACAAUGUUAUGUUGGGGAUAUUGGUCUCUGGGCCAACCUGGGAUUGGCAGCAACCUUCAAGGGAUUGUGACAGAGCCUCAGGUGUGUGGCUUCAUCUCGGACAGAAGUGUCAAGGAGGUGGCCUGUGGGGGAAACCAUUCUGUGUUCCUGCUUGAGGACGGGGGUGUCUACACCUGUGGCUUGAACACCAAGGGACAGCUUGGCCAUGAGAGGGAAGGAAACAAGCCAGAGCAAAUUGGAGCUUUGGCAGAUGAGCACAUUGUCCAUGUGGCAUGUGGUGAGUCUCACAGUCUUGCCCUCAGUGACCAGGGACAGCUCUUUUCUUGGGGUGCAGGGAGUGAUGGUCAACUUGGACUCGUGACUGUGGAGGAUUCAGUGGCAGUGCCCAGGUUAAUACAAAAGCUGAACCAACAGACAAUAUUGCAAGUUUCCUGUGGCAACUGGCAUUGUUUAGCUCUUGCAGCUGAUGGUCAAUUCUUCACAUGGGGAAAGAAUAGCCAUGGGCAACUUGGCCUGGGGAAGGAGUUCCCAUCUCAGGCCAGCCCACAGAGGGUGAGAUCUCUGGAGGGGAUCCCAUUGGCACAAGUGGCUGCAGGAGGAGCUCACAGCUUCGCCCUCUCUCUGUCAGGAGCUGUUUUUGGCUGGGGCAUGAAUAAUGCAGGCCAGCUAGGGCUCAGUGAUGAUGAAGAUCGAGAGUCUCCUUGCCAUGUGAAACUCUUACGAACACAAAAAGUUGUUUAUAUUAGUUGUGGAGAAGAACACACAGCAGUCCUCACGAAAAGCGGAGGUGUGUUUACCUUUGGAGCUGGUUCCUGUGGGCAACUUGGGCAUGAUUCCAUGAAUGAUGAGGUUAAUCCAAGAAGAGUUCUAGAGCUCAUGGGCAGUGAAGUGACUCAGAUUGCGUGUGGCAGACAGCACACUCUAGCCUUUGUGCCUUCUUCUGGACUCAUCUACGCAUUUGGUUGUGGAGCCAAAGGUCAGCUGGGAACUGGACGCACGUGUAAUGUGCAGUGUCCAUCUCCGGUGAAGGGGCACUGGGCCGCCCACAGUAGGCAGCUCUCAGCCAGCACAGAUCGCUUUAAAUAUCAUAUUGUUAAGCAGAUCUUCUCUGGAGGAGACCAAACUUUUGUACUUUGCUCCAAAUAUGAGAAUUCUUCUCCUGCUGUUGACUUCAGAACUGUGAACCAGGCACAUUAUACCAGUUUAAUAAAUGAUGAAACCAUAGCAGUUUGGAGACAGAAACUCUCAGAACACAACAACUCCAAUACAAUCAAUGGUGUAGUUCAGAUAUUAUCUUCUGCAGCCUGUUGGAAUGGAAGCUUUCUGGAAAAAAAAAUCGAUGAGCAUUUUAAAACCAGUCCCAAAAUCCCUGGGAUUGACCUGAACUCAACUAGAGUAUUAUUUGAGAAGUUGAUGAACUCUCAGCACUCCAUGAUUCUAGAACAGAUUUUGAACAGCUUUGAAAGUUGCCUGAUUCCUCAAUUGUCAAGUUCUCCACCAGAUGUUGAAGCAAUGAGAAUCUAUUUAAUUCUACCUGAGUUUCCUUUGCUCCAGGACUCCAAAUAUUACAUCACACUGACUAUUCCCCUGGCCAUGGCCAUUCUACGUCUGGAUACAAACCCCAGCAAAGUCUUAGAUAACUGGUGGUCUCAGGUAUGCCCGAAAUAUUUCACGAAGCUGGUAAACCUCUAUAAAGGUGCAGUCGUUUAUCUUCUGAGGGGAAGAAAAACAUUCUUAAUUCCUGUACUAUUUAACAAUUAUAUUACAGCAGCUUUGAAGCUCUUGGAAAAAUUAUAUAAGGUAAAUCUUAAAGUAAAGCAUGUGGAAUAUGAUACAUUUUAUAUUCCUGAGAUUUCUAGUCUUGUGGACAUUCAAGAAGACUACCUCAUGUGGUUCCUGCAUCAAGCUGGCAUGAAGGCCAGGCCAUCUAUAAUACAGGAUGCAGUAACACUUUGUUCGUACCCUUUCAUCUUUGACGCACAAGCCAAAACAAAAAUGCUACAGACUGAUGCUGAACUACAGAUGCAGGUAGCGGUCAACGGGGCCAACCUGCAGAAUGUCUUCAUGCUUCUCACACUGGAGCCUCUGCUGGCCAGAAGCCCGUUCCUGGUUCUUCAUGUUCGCAGAAACAACCUCGUGGGAGAUGCCCUACGAGAGCUGAGCAUCCAUUCUGAUAUUGAUUUGAAAAAGCCUCUCAAAGUCAUCUUUGAUGGUGAAGAAGCAGUGGAUGCCGGUGGUGUCACAAAGGAGUUCUUUCUUUUGCUGUUAAAAGAACUCUUGAAUCCCAUCUAUGGAAUGUUUACCUACUAUCAGGAUUCAAAUCUCUUGUGGUUUUCAGAUACGUGUUUUGUAGAGCACAAUUGGUUUCACUUGAUUGGCAUAACUUGUGGACUGGCUAUCUACAACUCUACAGUGGUUGACCUUCACUUCCCCUUGGCACUCUACAAGAAGUUACUGAAUGUCCAGCCUUGCUUAGAAGACUUAAAGGAACUGUCACCCACUGAAGGAAGGAGUCUUCAAGAACUUUUAGAUUACCCUGGAGAGGAUAUUGAGGAUACUUUCUGCCUCAACUUCACAAUCUGCCGAGAAAGCUAUGGAGUGGUGGAGCAGAUAAAGCUGAUUCCUGGAGGAGACCAAGUCAUUGUAUGCAAAGAUAACAGGCAGGAAUUUGUAGAUGCAUAUGUGAAUUAUGUCUUCCAAAUCUCAGUUCAUGAAUGGUACACGGCUUUCUCCAGCGGCUUCCUCAAGGUGUGUGGUGGCAAAGUGCUUGAGCUCUUCCAGCCUUCGGAACUAAGGGCCAUGAUGGUUGGAAACAGCAACUACAACUGGGAAGAAUUGGAAGCGACGGCUAUCUACAAGGGUGAUUACUCAGCCAUACAUCCAACUGUGAAACUAUUUUGGGAAACUUUUCAUGAGUUUCCACUGGAAAAAAAGAAGAAGUUUCUCUUGUUCCUGACUGGCAGUGACCGCAUCCCCAUUUAUGGCAUGGCGAGCCUGCAGAUUGUCAUACAGUCCACAGCCAGUGGAGAGGAGUACUUGCCUGUGGCCCACACUUGCUACAACCUUCUUGACCUCCCCAAGUACAGCAGCAAAGAAACCAUGAGAGCACGACUAACCCAGGCGCUUGACAACUACGAGGGCUUCAGUUUGGCUUGAGGUUCCCCGGUUUGCCCUAGAUUUCUCUCCCUUCCUCCGUGUCCACAUGAGGACUAUACAGAAAAUCGGAGGGAGGGAGUUCUAUUUUUUUAUUGUACUAGUGGGGUGGGACUUUUGAAUUCUGAGCCUGAUUAUUGUGUUUUUUGGGGGUUGUAAGCUAUGGGCAAUCUUUUUGAACAAUCAGGGCUUGGUAUGGGGUGAAAAAUUGACCUUUAUGGUGGGAAGUUCUUGAUUUUGAAACCAAAUUUCUCCAUAUUACCUGCACUUAUGCAUAUGUUACACUCUGCUGGAUAAAAUGACAGUGAGUUAUUUUUUAUCUCUGAUUUCUCCAGCAUCUCUCCACCCUCAGCUGCCCUCACAUUGCUUCCUUGUUCUUCUCUGGCCUUCUCAUUCCUUGGCAAGAAUGACUUUGAUUUGCCAUUUCUUAACCUUCAAAUGAGAUGGAUAGUCUCUUAUUUCAGCCUCAGAAAUGCUCCUGGCUGGUUGUAACCUCAUCAGGUUCAAGGAGGAAAGGAUCACCUCAGAAAUUCCAAUUCUGACCAGCUGAAUCUGGGUCCAUUACUGUAACAGAACACUUGACAAUUGAUGGUAACCUUGAGGAAUGCAUCUUACUUUCUAAACAGGUGAGGGGAAAGGGAAUUGGGAUGUAGCAGUCUUCCCAUGAUUCUCUCUUUCUCCUUAAAAAAAUGUGUAGAGUAGGUGGACAUUGCAGCUGAGCCUACCUGCCUUUGUUAUGUUUCUCAGCCACACCCCUUUAAAAAUCAAGUGAGGUGACAUGCCUCUGUCCCCUUCUCUUAUGUCACUUUUGGGGCAAGUUGCAUUGAUUUAUUUUUGAAGAGUAUCUUCUCCAGGAAGAGUGGAAAUAAUACAAUUUUUUUGCCUCUUUUCCUAUUAUUUUAUAUCUUCUACCAUAUUAUCUUUCUUCCCUCCCCUUCGUUUCAUUUUCUCUACUUCAUUCUAAUCUGUUACUUAAGCUCAUAUACCUUUUUCUCCCCUUCUACCAGAUGCAUGCAUUUUUAAAAAAUUUGUAUUUAAGAUGCAAAAUUUCUACUCAUAUUUUGUUUGUCUUCUUCCCAAAUUGCUAUGACUGAAGGGUAUUCUUUAUUACAGGGCUUUUGUUUUAUUGCAUUUGAAAUGUUUGUUUACAAUGCAAUUUCAGGGGAAAUUGUGUUUAAAACAAAUAUAUAUGUAUCUAAAAACAUUACAUGCUCAACUCCUUUCAUCAUGAGACAAGAAAAUUCUACCUGAUUGGGAAAUUCAUGUCAGCUUGAUUUUAAUUCCUAGUUGCUAGAGAAAGACUUAUUUAUAUAAAAAGAAAUAUUUAUGAAACAUGAUUCAGCAUCAAAUCUCAAUGAAGGAUUGUAGAUUUUUGCUUUAUCUUUUGGUUUUUAAAACUUCUUCCAAUUGCUGAAUUGGUAGUUUUUCAGUCUUUAUAAAACAAGAUUUAAAAGAUAUACAGUUAUAUGAAAUGUUUAUUUUCUAUGUGUGUGCAUAUAGUCCAAUAUUAUGCAAUAAAAUUGGUGUUUUAACUUA